AUGCAUUGCGUUUAUGCAGUUAUUUUGUACAUGUGCCCGUGGUCGAAACAAUCAGAUCGCUUAGUCGUUAUGCGCAGCAGUCCCCAUCCCUUUUAUGGCGUCUAUCAACCGCCCGCCGCCGGCAUUUUUCCGACGCCCGUUAUCCCCCCGAAUAUCAUCCAGUCCCACGGCAGCGUCCGAUGGUAUGGGACACACACGGCACGAUAUUGCUCGACCGAAAUAUCGCCAGACAUGAUUCUUGAAGCCGUCAUCUCCGACUUAGAACCCAUGCCGAAUAAUUUGCAAAAUUCCUUCCACUCCAAUUUUGGCCCAGAAAACUCAUGUCUCAAACACAUUCGGUCCCAGCACCAAAAUCCGCAUUAUAAGCUUCCAAUCUACAUGUCCAAGUUGCUUCAAGAGAAAAAAUGUACUGAGGAUUCCAUAGCGAGCCUGGCCUUUCUAAAUCAUAUUUCUGUGGUUGGGAAAUUUAAAGGCUUUGUCCCGCCGGCUCUAGGUGAUAAAAUCAGUGUCACGGCAGAUCAGUUAGUGCCUAUGGAAAAACUAGUUUUGAAGGGUCUUGUCUAUAGGCCAAUUGAACGACCAAAUACAAACCAGGUCCUUGCUUGGUAUUACGGACAUCUGCAUCUAUUCGAAAUGGAUUAUCGAACAAGACUGUGGUAUCCUCUAACGAAUCUACGAUUCGAUGGAACAAAUGGAGGUGUUAUUGCUAAUUAUUUGGAGCAAAACCUUGCUCCUCUUCGAAAAUCAAAACAAGAAUUGACUCUUGUUUUGUGUGAUACAUUCCAAUUGAUUGAAUGUAUUGUUCAGAAGAAAGAAACUACUUCAAGCCCAGUACAACCCACGGCUCAAGAUAGGCCAGGUCACUUGUAUAUGACAAUAGAAAAAUUGUCAUCCACACCUGUAGAGGGCCAAAUAGGCGCAGAACAACGACAAAAGACUAUCUUUGGAUAA